CAACACUGUGGACUCUUUAAGAACUCGCCGCCUCGCGCGGCUCCUUUCUCAUUACUAGUCCAGGGUUUCGGUCGUAUUCACAUUCAGAUUGAGCACGGCGAGAAGGGCUUCUUAAUCACACCAACCCCGCCAUGGCUACGUCAACGGUCUCGGGCUUCUUGCCUAGGCGCAAGCAGUCCGUUUCGAAUGGCUUUGGGGCUGAGUCGCAUCAUCUGAAUCUGCCAGCAUCGAUGGUACCGCCAACGGCUUCGCCGGGGCCGGCUACAUUUCCGGGGAAUGCAUAUCCCUUUGGCGGUGGCAACAGCAGCGGUGUAGCUGGCCCAUCGGGGCUACCAAAUGGGCAUGGACAUGUUGGAGGCACGAAUGGCGGUUAUAUGAGUGGCACUUCGACACCUGGCUUGUCGAAUGCAUCCACCACCUCACUCGUAUCCGGCUCGACGAUUGUCGCACCAGCAUCAACAUCAAUAGGGUCCAACGCGAUGGGCUUGACAGCAGUAGCAGGAUCAUCGUCAUCAGCAGAUGGUGGGAUAGGUGCUUCGUUGAUCCCAGGAGCAGGACCUGGUGGAGCACCCUUGCAAGCUGGCGCACCGCAAGCAGCGAACAAUAUGAUCAACAAGCAGGCAGGUGCUGGCUCGUCACUGUAUCAGAGCUGCCUCAUGCUGCGAGAUCGUUUGUGGAGGGUGGAUGGAUUCGGACCGGCCUACCUCAGCGAGAACAGCGGGGCAGACGGCAAGGAUGGCGAAGACGGAGGCUCAGCCAGCCCCAUUACUGAUUCAUACAGUCCCAACGGGCCACCAUCGCCCAAGUCACGAGCCAGCUCUUCCAUCAAUGGUACACAAUCUUCGUCAAGAUCGCCCGCUGGCAUGUCGGACCCCGUCACCCAGCUCUGGCAGCUCUUCCGGCUCGGCUCCCCGCUCUGCGUCCUCCUGAACCAACUGCUCCCGGCUGAUCAGCACUUUCCCACCUCGGUGCCCACAGCUACAGCUGUAACAGCGCCAGAUGGGACGCCAGCGCCAUCCCGAAACAAUGCAAACGAGUGCAAGAAGCUCGUUGCCAAGUUUAUCAUGGCGCUCAAGACGCAUCUUGGCUUCAAUACCGAGGAGAUCUUCACCAUCUCCCAGCUAUAUCUCAACGACACGAAUGGCUUCGUCCGUGUCAUCCGGACAGUGUCAAAGGUGCUCGAUGCUUUUCAAGAGCGCGGCCUGCUCGUCCCUUCGCAGAAACCUGCGUACGAGGACGAGAUUGAGGCGGCAGCGGGUGGCAGCAAGCCGGUCGAUGAGCGAGCACGUGUCGUACGCGAGCUCCUGGAUACCGAGCGCAAAUACGUCAUGGACCUCGAAACGCUGCAGGCUUUCGCAAAGUCCCUCUCGCAGAAUGCUAUCCUGCCAGCCGACACCAUCCACAAUCUCUUCGGUAAUCUUAACACCAUGGUGGACGUGCAGCGCAGGUUCUUGAUCUGUGUAGAGGAGAACGCGAGGAGACCGGUAGAUGAUCAGCAUUUUGGCCAUGUCUUCCGGACAAUGGAACGAGACUUCACGGUUUACGAGCCUUUCUGCGCCAAUUACGCGCAAGCACUUGACAUCAUCAGCGCAGAGGCAUCAAAUAUUAUGCGCAUGAGGGGCAUGCCGAACACAGAAGAUUGCUACUUGGAGCCAGUGUACGAGCUGCCAACUUUCCUCAUCAAGCCUGUUCAGCGAAUCUGCAAGUACCAUCUCAUCCUUGACUCACUCAUCAAACGCUCCGCACCAGAUGCACCAUACCUUGACGAGCUGCGAGACGGUUACUCGAUCAUCAAAGGCGUAGCGGAUCGAGUGAAUGAGACGAGGCGCCUGCAAGAGAAUGCACAACUCGUGCAGGAGCUCAGCACGCGCGUGGAGGAUUGGAAAGGGCAUAACAUUCUCACCUUUGGCCAUCUACUGCUUUCAGAUGUCUUCAUGGUCGCCAAAGGAGAUACCGAUCGAGAGUACCAUGUGUACUUGUUCGAGAAAAUCCUACUGUGUUGCAAGGAGGUGCAGCCGAACGUCAACAAGAAGAACUCCAAGUCAAACUCGCUCCUGAAGCAAAAGUCUGGGCAGAUGCAACAGCCUGGCGGAAAGAAGUCGAAGACGACGCUCUUGCUCAAAGGUCGUAUUUUCAUCAAUAACGUCACCGGGGCCUUUGCCAACAACAAAAUGACUUCGGCUACGGGCUUGUCAAGUGGACAGCACUCAUUGCAAGUCUGGUGGAGGGGUGAUUACGAUCAAGAGUCAUUCAGUCUGCGGUGCAAAAACGAGGAGCAGCUCAAGCAAUGGCAGACGGCGUUGAACAAACUCAUCGAGGACGUGCAGGCCCGGCGGCAACAGCUGGCAGCGCAAUACGGUGCCGGGGGCGUCUCACCGUCUGGCAACAUGGCAGGCACAUGGGCCCUUGGCCGUCGCAUCACACAGACGCAGAGCCACUUCCCGCAGACGCCGGUCACAGAACAAGGUGGUUUCUUCCCGCUCACGCGAACCGAGUCCCAGGCCGGGUAUCACUCGGGCGAAGAUGUUUUCGACGACGACAAGAUUGAAGGACUUCGAGAGGAAGGCGCUGCCUCGCACGACAGCUUCUCCGGACGCGGCACCCCACUCGGUGGUCGCCUAUCGCAACCAGCCGAGACAAGAGAUCGCAAACUCUCCCUAUCCCACGAGAUGCUGCGUCCGCGUGCUCAGACCGCGGAUCAGGACUCGGCGACCAUGUCUCAGUGGCGAGCGCAAGCUGGGGUACCUCCACCUGUGCCGAGGCAGAACUCGGUCAGCGCUACCACUUCCGCAGAACAGACACUACGCAAGGCUUCCAGCAGUCGACAGCUCAGACAGCCGGUCGGUUACGCAGCACAGGGCUUCUCUGGGUAUCCACGACCGCCUCGGCAGGGUAAUGAUGUGCCCAAUGGCGAGGCUGCUGAUGCGAGCGUCUUCAUGAACGAGGCUGCGGACCGAACGGUGACGCCUGGCUCUGCCGCUCCGCAAGAUGACAAGAGAGGCUCAGCGCACAGUAGGAGCCGCUCAGCGAGCAACCCGCAAGCUUUCCACUUGCCAGCUACGAUGCAGCACCUUCGUCAGCAACCGCAGCAGCUGCGUGCAUCACCCGCGUCGACCAUACCAAGCAAGGACCAGGCGCGGAGCAGCAGUAGCCAAGGAGGGCCGAGCAUGUUGAGCUAUCUCGCCAGCGAUGCUAGAGAAGUCGACAAGCGCUUGUCGAGCUCCAGCGUCUCGACUGUCGACUCGGUACGCUCGGCACGCUCGCGUCCCGAUUCGACGACCGGCAGCUCACCCAUCACACGGAGCGGCAGUUCGGGGGGCUCUGGUGUCGGCUCUCAACCGAGUCGCCCAUCCAUAAAUGCACAGGCCGGGUCGAACGUCAUCAAACUGAUCGUCCAGGUUGGAGAGGACCGCUUCACGCAGGCGGUAUUUGCAACAAUUUCGUUUGACGACCUUGUUUUGAAGGUCGCGAAUAAGGUGCGCGUCUGCGCCGGCCGUGGCUCCAUUCCAGAAAGUGGCAUCAAGCUGCGGUACAUUGACGAGGACGGGGAUCGUAUCAUCAUGAAGAACAACGAUGAUGUUCAGAUGGCUUUCGAAGGCGCACGUUUGGGGGGCGGUGACGUGCACCUCAUUGUGUCGUAGCAAGAAGGGCGACAACGAAGUUCUCGCUCCAUCGGCCUCUCACCUCCACUGGCUCCAACACGCAUUCCUCGUUGAGCAUCUGCCCAACAAGGCACUCCAUACAAUCUGCAUCUACACACCUAUGCAUCGGUGACAUCUC